GUUGUAUCGACAGUUCACACAUAUCUAUUCCUAUGUGUCGCGUUGCAUCGACGAGUCGCGCAGUUACAUUGUGAUUAUCUUUAACGCCACUAUCGCUUACUAUCGCGUUCUAGAAAAUGUUUUCCGCCGUACUUUUAUUACUUAUUAUUGUAGUCAUUAUUGCAUUUGCUUAUCAUUGCUGUGUGCAUUAUUCAAGAGACGGGCGAUUAAUCAAUCAAAUACCGGGACCGAAGAUCCUUCCGGUUCUUGGCAAUUUAUUGCUAUUCCAAAAAACAAGAGAGCAACUCUGGUGCCUUCUUCGUACUCUUUCGGACCAAUAUGGUACCACUUUUAGAUUUUGGGGUCUCCAUUAUGGAGUCGUAUCCAUUCGUCAUCCAGAUGAUAUCGAGUUAAUAUUAAAUAAUACGAAGCACAUCGGCAAAGGGCAAAUGUACGAUUUGUUGCGCCCAUGGCUAAAUGACGGACUUCUUCUUAGUACAGGUGCCAAAUGGCAUUCACGGCGAAAAAUGCUAACGCCUACAUUUCACUUUAGUAUACUACGAGAGUUCACAAAUAUUUUAACUGAGGAGGGUAAACGCAUGGUGCAGAAAUUAAAGGACGUCGGCGAUAUGGUUGAAGUGGAUAUCGAAUUAUUUAUUUCUGAACAUACGCUGAACAUAAUAUGCGAAACUGCUAUGGGCACUUCUCCGCACAAUCUCGGUACGAUGCAAGAAAAAUAUCGACACAAGGUUCACCAACUUGGUCAGUUACUCAUAUAUAGAAUCGUGAGGCCCUGGCUUUUUAACGACAUCAUAUUCGCAUUAACGCCUAAGGGCAGAGAACAGAAGAAGAUACUACAAAAUUUACAUGGGUUCACUGAAAAAAUAAUUGCGGAAAGAAAAAUGUAUCACAAACGCACCAACAAUAAGGAAUUGCACAAUAUUGCAAAUAACGAUCCGAUAGAAAUAGAUAACGCAGAAAUACAUGGAAUUCGAAAAAAGCGAAUCGCCAUGUUGGAUCUUCUAAUAUCUACCUCUCAGGAAAAUAAUUUGAGUGAUUUGGAUAUUAGAGAGGAAGUGGAUACUUUCACGUUCGAAGGUCAUGAUACAACAUCGAUGGCUAUAUGUUUCACUCUGUUACUAUUAGCAGAACACAAGGAUAUUCAGGAUCGCGUCAGGGAGGAAGUCAAAACAGUGAUGCAGCAAUGUGAGGGCAAAUUGACUAUGACGUCGUUGCAGAAUCUACCGUAUUUAGAAAGAUGUUUGAAGGAAUCGUUGCGACUGUACCCCAGCGUGUAUUUCAUAACACGAAUCACCGCGGAGGAUGUGCAAUUACGCGAUUCAUAUGUAAUACCCCGUGGAACAAUAACACACCUCAAUAUCUUCGACGCUCAUAGAGAUCCCAAUUUCUGGCCGAAUCCAGAUGUAUUUGAUCCAGAUAGAUUUUUGCCUGAAAAGAUACAAAAGCGUCAUCCUUAUUCGUAUUUGCCGUUCAGUGCAGGACCACGCAAUUGUAUAGGUCAACGAUUUGCUAUGUUGGAGUUGAAGGCCAUAAUAGCUCUUCUCGUGCACAAUUUCUACUUAGAACCUAUCAAUUAUCUAAAAGACAUGCGGAUAAAUAUUGACUUAGUUCUUCGUCCGAAUAACAUGAAGAUAAAAUUUGUGCCAAUACAAGCCGCUUGAAGCAAGUACAAAUUUUAUAAAUGUAAGAAAUGAAUGUAAAUAUAUAUUGCUAAAAUCGAA